AUGCAAAUCCUGUCAACGCUCCUCCUUGUCGUGGCUGUUGCCAAUGCCGUACCUACCCCAAAGCUGGGUCUUACUGUUGGCAAGCUCAUAGCUCGAGCCGAUGAUCGCCUCGAGAUUGCUCGUGCUGAGAAAGCUGAAGAAGCAGAACCAGCCAACAAACUUGAUCUCCAGUCACAGUUCGAUACUCCAACAGAGCUCCAAGGCGGCAACAUCCAGCAAGACACGACAUUUCCACCGGGUGCAGUUGGCGUCCUUGAAAUCGAAUUCUCCAACGCUGAUGGUCGCACCCUCACGGUCAAAGAAAACAAAACACCGGCUGCCCCUCCUGCUGGCUUCACUGCUCUUGAGCCCUCGUCUUAUCAAGUUCAGCUGAGUGGUGGCUCAGCUGAUGGGUUGACUCUGUCCAAGGUGGAUUUCAUUCGUAACGCCAACAGCACGGUCGAUAUCAGCCAGGGACAGAUCGGGCGUCUUUGCACCGAAACGAACACUUUCGUCAUCGAUCCUGCCGUAGGCGAGCUGGAGUUUGAGGCUGAGGAGAACGAACUUACCUUGACAGUCGCCAAUAUGAAUGCUGAAUGGGGCAUCUUCCUACCAGAUGCCGCCGCAGCAGCUCCAGCAGCGGGAGCCACGGAUGGUGCGGCGACAGGAGGGGCGACAGGUGGAGCGACAAGCACAGGAAAUACGCUCCUUGACCUCUUGAUGAGUCUCCUCACUCGAGGCAGCACUGCAUAA